UUUCUCAGGCGCAUUUUGACUCCGAACAAGGAGGACUUGUGGACAAGAAGAUACGAGGCGAACGAUACAAUUUACCUUUAGUAGCUUUCAUCAGACAUCUCAAAACUCCUGGUUCAGACACUUUGGUUGCUACCGACAGAGUUUGAACAACAACGCGUCAGUUUAAAAAGUAAGAUGGGAAAUUCUGCGUUGUCAAAACGUGAAAAAUACGCAAAAGCGUACUUCAAGAAGAUUGUGGAUGAGAGGGCGUAUAAGGAUUUUGAUGUUGACUUCGAGUAUGAGAAUCUCGUAUUAAGUGGAGGCGGCGACAGAGCGUGCACAUACGUCGGUGCAGCAAAGGUUCUUGAUGAUCUGGGUAUCCUUCCAAAAAUCAAGCGAUUUGCUGGAACAAGCAUGGGAUCUGUCAUUGCGGCAACAUUGGCUGUCGGAGCAUCACCAGUAGACCUGUAUGCCUUCAUACUGGAGGAUCUGGAUCGGACUGUCAUGGAUAGUUCCAGUGUAACGAAGCUCUACAACGUAGUCACCAAGUAUGGCUGGCACUCGGGUGAAGCCGUUACCAAGAAGAUGAGAGAGGUACUCAACCGCUUCACAGGCAAUCCGGACUUGACCUUCGAACAGCUUUACAAGAUGCGUGGGAUUGAGUUAUGCGUGGUAGUUACCAACCUGACCAGCCAGUCCGUGGAGUACUGGCACCCGAAGACACAGCCUGACAUGUCCAUAGCCGUCGCAGUCAGGGCUUCGGUAUCGCUCCCAUUUCUCUUCCAACCGACGCAGGUUGAAGACAUCGUGACCGGGGAUUCCAUUUACUGCGUUGACGGCGGAAUCUUGAAGAACUUCCCGCUCAAUGCCUACGAUGGGUGGUACCUCUCAUUGAUGCCCAAGGAUUCCUUCUUCCAUAGGAUCGGCUCGAAGGACCUGCCACUCGGAGAGGUCAAUCCGAGAACACUGGGCAUCAAAGUAUUUAGUGCCCUGAUGGAAGAUCAAAGUUUUUCUUCUGAAAUUAGACGCUUUAAAAGCAAGGAGGUGACACGGCCUGACACUUCUUACGCCAAACUGCGGGGUCCAAUAGAAGAUACUGCCCGCCAUGCCCGUGAGGUCGAGAUGGAUAUGAUGCAGGCAGCAAUUCGUUUCAUCACCUUUCUCUCCAAAUUCUCGACAGUCAACGAAGAGGGGAUUCUGACCAAAGGCUUCAAGCUGGCUUUGGAGGGACUUGCUCCGACGUCUGACAGCGUUGAUGCUUUCAACGGGAAGGACUGGAAUCUUCUCUUCGGUGAGAACAGAACUAUAGCCGAGAUAACGAGCGAUCUUAACAGCAAUGAAGAUGAUGUGAUCUCCAACGAAGAACUCCUGAACCACUUCAGCAAGCACGGGGUCCUCUUGCGCCGCCUCAUGAUAAACAAGCCAGCUAGCAUCCAUCAGCUCCGGAGGAAGAUCAACUCUCUCUACGACUUCGCUCAUUCGAUCUCCGAUUCGUAUUACCAUGAGCUCCAGUGCAUGUCGCAUAAGGAAGAGGACGAAGAGAGGACCAUUCCCAUAUAUUCCGACUACAUAAGCAUGGUUGGGCCCAGGAUGACGCUAAAGGAUAAGGAAUUCAUUGUCAAGCAAGGCUAUGAGGCGACACUAGCUUUCUUCGAGGAGAAGGCGGAACAGAUCAAAGAGAAGGGGAAAGAGGAAGUUGUAGAUGUCAAAAACAUAUAAGAUAGCGAGAUGUUCAUUUUUCGGCUUAUUGUAUAUACUUCUGUACUCUCAUGUACUCAAAAGAAGGUGGUCCAAAUGGUGGCUUGAAAACAUUUGUCAAAAUAUGUUAAACUUAACAAAGCAUCUGAACUACAUAUCAGCUUACUAUAUCAUAGGAAGUAUUUAACACUGUAUAACUUUUGAUGGUGAAGUCAAGUGCUCAGGUAUAAUAACGAUCUCUCAUCUUUGUUUGCAAGUUUAAAUUAAUGAAUAAGUCAUUUGAAAUUGCUGACACUGCAUUUGUGUCUCAUCAAGAAAUGAGAAAGACAUUAGGCACCCUUUGCAACCCCUACGGACGACCGAGUGUGCAGUAUAAAGGUCGGCAGUGUCAUCCGGUCAUAAUCGGGAAAAUUUCCAAAAAGUCCGCGUCAAUAAAGUACAUUUACAUACAGUACUUCGUACUUCGUUGUUCAUAGCUCUUUAGGGUUACAAAACUUGCCUUUGAUUGAUAUGUAAAAUAGCACCCGACUGCGGAUGGUGCUGUGGUCAUCAACAUAAAUAGUUAAAGGCUUUCCCAAUUUUUUUUAAGUCAGAGAAGAAAAACAUAUAGAAACAAAACCACUGUAAUGUCAUGUUUUUUGCACCGAGUCUAAUAAAACAAUACGCCCUGUUCUCAA